ACGAUUAGUAACGUACGUCAACUACAGUGAACAACAACAAUACUUGCAUCAUGACCGAAGGAGUAACAGUACAAGAACUAGCUGAAUCUAUUUUCGAUGAUCUCGUAUUGGCAAUCAUCAACCAACAAACAUUGACAAGUUAUGCCAACCACACUUCCAUCAAGAGUCAAACGGCCAGGAAUGAAGAACAAGUUCAACAAAUUACCAACCUCGAAGAAGGACUGAAACUAGAUGUGUAUGGACAGGAUAAGAUCAAAUUGAAGAGUGCUGAGACUAGUCGAUAUUUUAGUUGUGAGAAUUGUGGACGAAAGAUUGCCGGUGGAAGAUUUGCCUCGCAUGUCAACAAGUGUUUAGAGAGAAGAAGGAAGUAGCAAACUUGUUAUAGAUCAUUCAUUGUGUAUUUGACUACUGCAUUUAUAUAUGCAACAGACAGACCCAAGAACUGCCGAAAUGUAGGGUACUAAGGAAACCUUGUUCCUGUGCUACAACGGAAAGGGUGUUUACAACGCCGAUAACCCCACAGAAAGAUGAAAAAAGGGGGCAUCUCCGACUAAAUGAACGGAUGCUUGGAAGCGUGUCUAACUGACCGAUUUGUGGGGGAGGGAAACACAAUGGCAAGGGGGUUCUGCGGCAGAGGGGAAAACGUUGCAAGAAAAAAGGGGAUGGAAAUCAUUAGAGUUAUCUCCUCACUGCAGCCAAGACCAUCUAACCUUAGAUGCUAUUGUAUCUCUUGUAUAUAAACUACAUAACAAUAAUCAAACUAGCUCCUUGUUAAUAUUAUAUACGGUUAUAUC